AUGUCUACCACCACCGUCUCCAAGACCGUCGCCCGCGUAAACAACCCCACCCUCACCUCCCUCUCCGAACGCAUCGCCGCCACCCAAACCCUCCUCGACCUCCACGAGCAGAUCCGCGUCAACCACAAGAACGCCUUUAAGAAGCAGGCCAAGACCAUCAACACCGGCCUCGAAAAGGGUCGCUCCGUGACCCAGAAUACCAUGGCCCAAAUGGAUCAGUCGAUCGAGAUCCAGAAGUUCAUUGUUGACGAGACUGAACAGAUCGCCAAGUACGGCAGAGAGUUGGUUGAGCUGUUUGAGGAGCGUCAGGAGCUUAUUCGCGCCAUGAUGGGCGAGGAGGGUGAGGUUACUUUCUAG